GGGGGUAGAGGGGUGGGAGGAAGUUGCGGUGCAGUGACCCCGCCGGCCGUCGCCGUACGCUGUCCGUCCGCUCCCGCUGCAGCAUGUUACGCGCAGCUGCGCUCGCUGCCGGCCUCCGGCCCCGCCUGGGCCGCCUUAUGUCCGCCGCCACCACCCAGGCCGUGCCCGCCCCCAACCAGCAGCCCGAGGUCUUCUACAACCAGAUCUUCAUAAACAAUGAGUGGCACGAUGCCGUCAGCAAGAAAACUUUCCCCACUGUCAAUCCAUCCACUGGGGAAGUCAUCUGUCAGGUUGCUGAAGGUGACAAGGAAGAUGUGGACAGGGCAGUAAAGGCUGCCCGGGCUGCCUUCCAGCUGGGCUCACCCUGGCGCCGCAUGGACGCGUCUGACAGGGGCCGGCUGCUGAACCGCCUGGCUGAUCUGAUUGAGCGGGACCGGACCUACCUGGCAGCUUUGGAGACCCUGGAUAAUGGAAAGCCCUAUGUCAUCUCCUACCUGGUGGAUUUGGACAUGGUCCUCAAAUGUUUCCGUUACUAUGCCGGCUGGGCUGAUAAGUACCAUGGGAAAACCAUUCCCAUCGAUGGGGACUUCUUCAGCUACACCCGCCAUGAACCUGUGGGGGUGUGUGGGCAGAUCAUUCCGUGGAACUUCCCACUCUUGAUGCAAGCAUGGAAACUGGGCCCAGCCUUGGCAACUGGAAACGUGGUUGUGAUGAAGGUGGCUGAGCAGACUCCACUCACCGCUCUCUACAUAGCCAACUUGAUUAAGGAGGCUGGCUUUCCCCCUGGCGUGGUCAAUAUCGUUCCUGGAUUUGGCCCCACUGCUGGGGCCGCCAUCGCCUCCCAUGAGGAUGUGGACAAAGUGGCCUUUACAGGCUCCACUGAGGUUGGCCACCUAAUCCAGAUUGCUUCAGGGAACAGUAACCUCAAGAGAGUAACCCUGGAGCUGGGAGGAAAGAGCCCCAAUAUCAUCAUGUCAGAUGCUGACAUGGACUGGGCCGUGGAGCAGGCCCACUUCGCCCUGUUCUUCAACCAGGGCCAGUGCUGCUGUGCAGGCUCCCGAACCUUUGUGCAGGAGGACGUUUAUGCUGAGUUUGUGGAGCGGAGUGUUGCCCGGGCCAGGUCUCGUGUGGUUGGGAACCCCUUUGACAGCCGGACGGAGCAGGGGCCCCAGGUCAAUGAAACUCAGUUUAAGAAAAUCCUUGGCUAUAUCAAAUCUGGGAAGGAAGAGGGGGCAAAACUGCUGUGUGGCGGAGGCGCAGCUGCUGACCGUGGCUACUUCAUCCAGCCCACUGUCUUCGGAGACGUGCAAGAUGGCAUGACCAUUGCAAAGGAGGAGAUAUUUGGGCCAGUGAUGCAGAUCCUGAAGUUCAAGACGAUAGAGGAAGUCGUUGAGAGAGCCAACAAUUCCAAGUAUGGGCUGGCUGCAGCCAUCUUCACGAAGGACUUGGACAAAGCCAAUUACCUGUCCCAAGCCCUACAGGCUGGCACUGUGUGGGUCAACUGCUAUGAUGUGUUUGGAGCCCAGUCACCAUUUGGUGGCUACAAGAUGUCUGGAAAUGGCCGGGAGCUGGGAGAGUAUGGACUGCAGGCAUACACGGAAGUGAAAACCGUCACAAUCAAGGUUCCUCAGAAGAACUCAUAAAGAACCAUGCCUGCUUCCUUACUCAUCCGGUGAUGGAAAGUCCAGUGAGGUGAGUGCCAAAACCAAGAAGAACGACCCUUGCACACUGAAAGUCUCAAGAGAGAGAUUCUCCUACAAAAUCCCUUGGAUCAAGAAAGUCAUAGAAUUUGAACCAAUAAACAGGAUAACAGGAUAGGUGUGUGGCAAAGAGUAUAUGGAAAGCCUUAUAAACUGCAAGAAUAUUUUUAACUUCCAGGGCAAUUUCUCAAAAUCAGAUAAAUGUCUCAUCCUGUUCAUCUGGUAGGCUUUUGUAAUUUGUCAUUGUGUGGGAAGAGAAAGCCACUGUUUACAACCGUACUAACAUGGAGGCAACAGCUAGCGCCUUGUUUCAUAUUCUGGAGUAAACCUCAUUAAAAACAGGACUGCUCUUCACUUUUUUGGGUAACUCUUCCUCCAACUCAGUAACCCUGGGAAAUGCUGCCACAGAGGUAUGUCAUCCCCUCUGUGGUAUGUCACAUUGUAUACAACUACCAGGCCUCCCCAGCUGUGGGUGAAUAGCUUUUGUUUCACGUGUAAUAUACAUGUAUCUCUGGCCUGUCCACCUGUGGCAGGCCCUGCACUGGGCACUAAGCAUGACACCUAAACAAUACUCAGAGCCCCCGGAGAGGGGGUGGUAAAGCAGGGAAGAGACACCUGAUGUCCAAGGUUGAUUCUUAGUGUUUUAAGUUAAGCAACUUGAUCAAAAAAAAUGAGACACACAUGAAUUUCAUGAGACUGAUUUGGAGACCAGAUGUCAGUUUACUCAUUUUAAGUCUUUAUUUCCAGUAACCAGACAUCCUGAAUCUCCUGUUCAGAUCACUGCCUUCCUUUAGCCAAGGGACCUGGCAAUUGGCAAUUAGUAGUAUUAGUAAAUUACGAAUCAGAAGAUUCCUUGGUGAGCAAUGAACUGGUGCACAGACUUGAACUGCAGUAGUAGUCGGUGAAGUUGGUGAUUGUGUUUGGGUCACAGAUUACUUUAAGAAUUUGAGGAAAAGUUUGAUCUAAGAAAAAUACCCCUUUUGUGUAGAUUUGCAGACAGUGAAACAAGAGUGAUGGGACUCAUUGGUUGACUGUUGGCCUCAUUCCACUCAGGCUAGGCCACACCUUGGUAAAUGAUCCUUUCUCCACUAAAGACUAAUUUUAUUUACUUGAAUAGAGCUUCACAAUUUUUGUCAUAUAUGCAUAUACCUGCACUGUUUACUUUUUUCUUUAAACUGACUUUAGAUAAAAAAUAAAACACCGUAUUGCCAUACAUUAAAAACUAGAUUUAACUGUCAUAAAUACAAGGCAUCAUUGAAAAAGGGCAGAAGAAAAAAGCAAAACAAGGUUACUCAACUUAAAAUGAAAUCUAAUCAUUUUAGAUUAUGUAUCAUACAUACACAAAUAAAUCGAAUCAUUCUAGAACAGUUCAUACCUGAAA